AGCGGAUGAGUUUGCGGCAAGGACGUGAUGGCGCUAGCUGUGUGCGGACGAAUAGCUCGGAGUGUGAUAGGCAGAGAGGGGCUUCGCUCAGCGGCAGCAGCUGCAUUAUUUCGGCCUCUUGUCCGGAGUUCAAGUUCACAGAUUUCUUCACUGCAGCCAAGCUAUGUUCCCAAGACCUCUUUAUCUGAACCACCUUGGCCAGAAGUCAAACUUCCAGAUACCACAGAGGAAGCAGAAUGCCACAAAGAACUUUGCAAAAAUGUCAACACCAUGAUUGCCACAGGACAGUACGAGAGACUUUUUGCUGUCGUCUUUCUCGCAAGUAGACAAUGGAAAGUGACCAACGAAGACCUCAUACUGAUAAAUAGUGAGAUGGGCGCUGAAUGUGGAGACAAAAUUCACUUAGAGAAGGUACUGCUGGUUGGGAGUGACAAUUUUACACUUAUUGGAAAGCCUCUACUUGGGAAAGACUUAGUGAAAGUUGAAGCUACAGUGAUUGAAAAAACAGAAUCGUACCCAAAAAUAAGCAUGAGGUUUUGGAGACGGCACAGGCACCAAAGGAAAAAAAUUACCAUUAGGCCGCAAACAGUCCUGAGGAUUAACUCCAUUGAAAUCGCUCCCGUAUUAUCCUGAAUUUCACUUUAUACUGUGCAAUGGCUAAAGAUUUAUUAAAUUGUGUUUUCAUUUUGUAUUUAUUGUGUUUUUCCUGGUUUAUGAGCAUGUCAUAGCAUCAUUCUGUUGUGCCUGUCUGGCUUAUAGAUAAAGGUAUGGAAUUCAUAAUCCAGAAACCCAUUAUCCAGGAAGCUCUGAAUUACAGAAAGGCCAUCUCCCAUAGACUCCAUUUUAAUGAAAUCAUUAAGAUUUUUAAAAUUGAUUUAACUUUAUCUCUGUAAUAAUAAAACAGUACCUGUACUUGAUCCCAACUAAGAUAUAAUUACCCCUUAUUGGGGCAGAACAGCCCUAUUGGGUUUAUUUCAUGGUUAAAUGAUUCCCUUUUCUCUGUAAUAAUAAAACAGUACCUGUACUUGAUCCCAACUAAGAUAUAAUUACCCCUUAUUGGGGGCAGAACAGCCCUAUUGGGUUUAUUUAAUGGUUAAAUGAUUCCCUUUUCUCUGUAAUAAUAAAACAGAACCUGUACUUGAUCCCAACUAAGAUAUAAUUACCCCUUAUUGGGGGCAGAACAGCCCUAUUGGGUUUAUUUAAUGGUUAAAUGAUUCCCUUUUCUCUGUAAUAAUAAAACAGAACCUGUACUUGAUCCCAACUAAGAUAUAAUUACCCCUUAUUGGGGGCAGAACAGCCCUAUUGGGUUUAUUUAAUGGUUAAAUGAUUCCCUUUUCUCUGUAAUAAUAAAACAGAACCUGUACUUGAUCCCAACUAAGAUAUAAUUAAUCCUUUUUGGAGGCAGAACAUUCCUGUUGGGUUAAAUUAAUGUUUUAAUGAGUUUUCAGUAGAAUGUUGAGAGCCAAAUUACGGGAAAAAUCCCUUAUCCAAAAAAACCCAAGUCCCCAGCAUUCUGGAUAAUGGGUCCCAUACCUGUAUGUUCAAACAGGUAAAUUUAUGUCGUACUGCUUCUCAUUCUUACUACUGUUAGGGUUUUAACACCAUAGUUAAAUCUGAUACUGGCCAGAAUUAAAAUCCCUUUUCUUCUU